CUACAGAAUUACUGGCAGAUGACCAAUGUGUGAUAAAACUGUUAAAGGGCUUAUGCCUCAAGCAUUUGGGCAAGAUCUCAGAAGCAGAAGACCACUUUAAUUACAUCUAUUUAAAUGAGAAGAAGAUAAAAUAUGACCAUUAUCUAAUUCCAAAUGCCUUGCUGGAGCUGGCAAUACUCUAUCUAGACCAGGAUAGAAGAGAAGAAGCAGUAAAACUCCUGGAAAGAGCAAAACAAAACUACAAGAAUUACUCCAUGGAAACAAGAACGCAUUUCAGAAUUCAGGCUGCCCUGCACCAAGCCAAAUCCGCCCCAGAAAAUGGAACGCACUGUGGAGCCUCGGCAGUGUCGUAA